GCUGCUAUCGAUAAGGAUUUUGAUGCUGGCCUUCCCGUGAUGACGCGGGCCAGCGGCUGAUAUCUAAAUUGCUUCUCUCAUAUUCCCUCGAGACUUUUGCUCACUGAGAGGACAAUACAGCCGCCCACGCUGCAGCGCAAUAUCAAAGCCCAUUUCAUCCUCGAAAAUGGCGUCCAAGCGCGCAUUCUUCUCAAUCUCCCGCACCGCCGCUCGGUUAUCACCAGCACCGGCCAGCGUCCGGCCACCACGGCAUCUUGCUGCCCCGAGCUGCCCCCCACCCGCAACAGCGGUUCGCUACGCGCAUAGCAUCCCCCGACCGCGCAACCUCUCCCCCUUUACAAAGCAGCCCGCAUCCUCCUCGUUAACACAGCCCACCGAACAACAACAACAACAACAACAACAACAACAACAACAACAACAACAGGCAACCCAACCAUCAACCUCCAAAGGCCCACCCAGCGUCCGCCAACAACCGCACUACGAAUUAACCUUCACCUGCCGCCCCUGCGGCCACCGCUCGCGACACGUAGUCUCAAAGCAAGGAUACCACCACGGGUCGGUGCUGAUCGCGUGCCCCGGGUGCCGCAACCGGCACGUGAUCAGCGACCACCUGCGCAUCUUCGGGGAGAAGGCCGUGACGGUGGAGGACAUCCUGCGCUCGCGCGGGGAGCUGGUCAAGCGGGGCGUGACGCUGGUUGGGGGAAAUGGGGAGGAUGGGCAGGGGCAAGACCUGGAGUUUUGGGACGACGGCACCACCACUGUGCGGGAGCCGUGGGAACCUACCAGAGCGAAUAACGAGGCGGCGGGGAAGGAUGAUGGUGAUAAUGCGGCGCCGCCUGGUUCGAGCUUUCCGACCUCGUUUAAACUCUAAACCCCCUGGCGGGAAGGCGGUUCCAUGAGACUGAGGGGAGAAGGGGGGUGAUGUAUGUAUGAUCGGCGGAUGGAACGGGAUGUAAUACUAGAGAGAGAUU